GUAAUUUCCCAAACAAACAGACGUUUGUUCGAGGAAUCCACGCAAACGUUUGACAACAAACAGACAAGGUGAAACUACAUGUGUAUUUGUCAGACGUUUAUGGAUAGACCCUGGGCAACCCUCCAUUGGUGAUGCACAUGGAUGGUAUUUAGGGGGUUUUGCCCACUAUCAGGGGGCUUCUGGUACCCUUUCAUCUCAUAUGUUCUGGCAGGACAGAACCUGGGUGAAUGAAUAUGGAGCCAGCAAGAGAUCAUUGUGCUUACUACUAUACAAAAGAACAAAUAGAAAACCUCAGAAUAAGGACAGUGCUGCAGCAACUCACAGGUUCCCAGCUGGUUGACGCAUCACCAAGAGCUGUAGAAAAUACACCUGCUGUUGGAGAGGUGGACCUAAACCUUACGACUCUUUCUGUGCCCAUUGCAUCAACUAGUGAUGCCAGUGCUUCACACACACAACAGCAAGUUAUUAAGUGGCAGCAGAAACUAUUAAGUCCUUUUGAAAUAGUGGAAUAUGGCCGUCCUAUAUAUGCAGAGGAUUCGCAACACAAAUCAUACCAUGAACAGGCUGUUAAAUUAAAGAAACGCAAGCAAUGGAGGAGAAGAAUUUUCACUUACACACACCAAGAUAAUUAUCAAAGCCAGAUCCACAUUAGGGCAAGCACAACAAAACAGAUGGAACCAGAUACAUGUGUGAGACAAAGGAAAAGAACAGAAGGUGAAAGAUUAUUUGAUAGAAAUGCCACUCAAAGUGCAGCCCUGGUGGAUGGCAGGAAAGGAGGGGAGAAGAAGGACCCAGAAGUAACCAAGUCACAACAGCAGCAUUUUUACAUCAUGGCUGACUUGGCACCACCUGAGUUCUUAGGAGAAACCAGAGCCCAUGAAGUGAUCCUUUGCACACUGCGGUACAAUCCUCAUGGCCAGCUGACAGUUUCGCCCGACUUCACCAAACUAAACACAAAACCAUUUAGAUUAGAGAGUUUUGGCUCUGACAAUGCUCUUUAUGAAUACACUGUUGAGAAUGUGUCUCUUCCACAACCUCUGGAGGAGAAACAGAAAGAAAAUGAGCUGCUUCAGCAGAUAUCACGACAGCGUAUGGAAGAAAUGCAGCAAAUAGUAGGGCUGGACUGGAACACACAGCAGCUAGGUGAAGGUGAAAUACGACUGGUUGUGACAGGGGAGGUUUGUCGUGCGCAGCACUUCACAGAUGUUUCCUCUUUGUAUCUUCACUAUGUCCUACAUCUUCCUCCAGGAUGGAGACACAACUCUGGGACAGACUGUGAAGGUUUCACUCCUACAUGUGUGGUGGGACACCUGGAGGAUAUUCCAACAGUACAUUAUUCUACACCCUUCACUGUAGAUGUGACACGCACAAAAGGAGGUAAAGGUUGGCCACAGAUGUUACUGGCAGUAUUCUCAGUUGACUGGUGGGGCCGGGAGAGGGAUGAAGGAUAUGCAUCUUUUGUUCUUCCAACACCUGGCUAUGACUCAUGCAGCAACAAUGACAAGAUGGAAGGUGGACUUCACCAAGUGGGAACAUGGCGACCAGCCCAGUCUUCACCCAUUGCCACAAUGCGAAGGUUCUUUCUUGGGGGAUGUCAGCUCAUGGCCGAUUCUUCAUAUCUUUCUGUUGAUUAUUGCUCUGAGAAUGGGCGUAAGAGUAGGCUGGGAUUCAGGACUGUGACUAGUGGUACAGUGGAGCUUAGAACCAACACCCUUAUUGAAUCAAACUCUAAAAUAGCAGAAUCAUGGAAUUCAACUGUGCCUUGGAAUGCUCCCAUUUGGCAGUUAUCAACUCGAGCUGUUUUAGAUGCCUUUAAUAAAUCUCGACAAAAGCUUAGAGCAGCAAAACAAGGCGUUUAAUGAAUGUCGGUAUGUUUGAAUGAAAUGUUCCUAUAUGUAGUACCUAGUUCUAGUUCACUGUAAUGCAGUGUUAGAUUUAUUUAUUUAUCUGUAUAUUAGAUAUGUGUUUGCAAAAAAUCUCUCCAGGUUUUCUCAUACUGUAUGUGAAUGAACAUAGUUGAUCUAUAACCCAGAUUGAACAUAAAUUCUUGUGUUGAGGACUUUUUGGCAUCAGAGGAUUAAAGGAGAGACUGGAUUAAAA